UUCCUUCUCCCUGCAAAACGUGACAGGUUCAAGAAUGACUUCUCUCAUUGGCCCAUUCGUCCGAUUGACAGUUCUUGUUCCCGCCCCGCGAGUCUGCUACGAGGGCUCGAGCAUCGGGAGAGUGGAGUGGAAACAGGAAGAGAAGGAGCAGGGAAGAAAGGAGACUGAGGAGAGGAACGGGUGAGACAAGGUGGUGGAGAGAGACAGGGAGGAAAAGGGGAGCCGAGGGGCGUGUGGACCAAAGGGAGCAAAACAAAUAAAGGUGUGAAGUGGAGGGCCUCCCAUACACAGACCAACACUGGCUGCAUGUAUCAUCCGGCAGAGCUGUACUCUGGUCGUAACACAUGGGACUCCUAUUCUGCUGGGGGACCUAGCAGAGCUAGACCAUGGGCUCCUGCAAACAGGCCAUGGAGUCACGCUGAAAGGUGCCAAGGAAGUCGCAGUCAAACCAAUCAUCCACCGUUAAGUCGUCUUUACAAUCGGGAGGAACGAACAAUUAACCAUGCCCCGGAUAGGAACCACUCUCACAGCUACCGGCAGCCUUUACGCUAUUGGGAGGGCAAAGAACCAGCAUUUGGGGCCCACAACUGGCAUCACAACUCCACACGCUCAUUCCACAACAGAGUGGGCAGCAACAAUGGUUAUCCAAAUGGAGCUGGAAAGCGUUACACAAACUGGGACAGCCAUGUCAGCAAUGCACCGCGAGGAUGCCCUAGGAUGCACCACAACAGCAGAGAGCCUCAGCCUUCACCAGAGAAAUGGGCUCAGUCUGAAUGUCGCAGGAGUUUCCCAGAUCGAAUGAUGAACAACAGACCAGGACCUUGGAAGCGACCAGCCCCACACCAGCAUCAUAAUGAAAGGCACCAGCACAGUCCACCCCCACGUCAACCCUUGUCUCAGAGGGACCAGUGUCUACCCAAGCGGAGUAGAGACUCAUGUCCUGAAGAGAUCCUCUCUGGACUGAAGCCUGCCAGGGAUCCCUCACCAACUCGCCGUCACCACUUCAACAAAGAUGACCUGAAUCCUCCUCAGGACAAGGCAGCUCAUCGCCACUCAAACCACAGGACCUCAGCAACACAGCAACAGGAAACCUCUAAAGUAAGAACUGGAGGACAUGGCUUCAGCCACACAGAAAACCAGAGUGGUGACCGACCACCACAUCUUCAACACAAAGCGGGCAGUUUGCAGAAAACACCGUCUUCACCAGCAGACCACACCCGUGUGCCUUACAGCCAGUCAAAUCAUCAUCACCACGUGCAGCGGCACACAGACCACCACCAAACGCUGCACCACAAGCCACAGUCCUCUGAGGACUACCAGAGACCUCCCAACAAGCUAAGCACAGAACCUCAACAUCAACAUGUAGGGGAUUCAGCCAACUCACAAUCUUCAGGUGCCGACUCGCCCUCAUAUUCAUCCAGGUGUCCCAAAACUGGUAUAUCCACUGUCCACAGUCCUUGCAAACCCUCGAGUCCUGCCCCGUACACACCUGGCAGCAAAGAAGAUCCGUUCCUCUGCCAACAGAAAGCCCAUGGUAGUCCCAAUGGCGGCUCCGGACAGAGCCUGGAAUCAGUCAGCCCUAACAUGGCACAGUCCAGUCUCAACUGCCAUUCGUCUGAUUUAAAAUCCAAAAGGUCUUCUCCCCCUUCCGGCGUGUCAGCAAUCAGAUCAAGCGCAAACAAACUUGAGCAGGAAGUCAAAGGCAUCCAAACAUCACUGUGCAAACAAAGAGAUAAAAAUGCAAAGAAAGGGAGGAGUGAUGAAUUCCAACUUGGGAGUGGGAAGAUUUACAUUAAAGACAGAAAGCAUAAAGAGGAAAAGAGAUUAGAGAAGAGGAAAGAGAAGAAGGAUAAAUUGAUAAAGGAAAGCAAAUCACAGCCGAAAACAAAACAUAAAGGAGAGUAUUCGCUGGCAUCCUCUGCAGAGAGCAAAAGUGCUAAAAUCACAACAACAAAUGAAGCUCAUGCGAACCGGGAGAGGUCCGUCGGUCGCCCACCCAAACACAAGCACAGAGAGCCCAGGAAUCGAGUGGAGAAGACAUCAUCUAUAAAUCCUUCCUGUAAGAAAGCGGCUCGUCUCGAUCAGCCUUCGCUGCAACAAACCUCUAAAUCUCAGCACCAUAAAUGUCGGAAGAAGAAUAGAAGUUCUGUCAAACCUUUUGUGAAAGAGGUUCAAAUGAAAGAUGCCAGCUCCAAACAAAUAGCGACUGCUGCCUCGCUCAUUUCUGUGGGUGAACCUGGAGCAGAUGGUGAUGCCGAACUCCCCUCUGUUCUAAUCAAAGCCUUGGAGCCUCUUGACUGUGCAAUCUCUGCUGAACAAGCUGGCACUGAGCAGCGACCCGUUCUCAGUGCACCAGAUCUUCAGCCUGUGGCUGUGAUCGGAAGUGGCACUGAAGUGGGAGACAUUGCAAACACCCCACCAGUCCUCAGCUGGCAGGGCUCGCCAGUAUCAGACCUGGGAGAGGAUGAGGAGGAGCUAGAGAAGGGAGUCAUCAGAAGACCUGUACUCCAGGCCAGCCCAACCCAGUGCCUUUCUCCUCCUCCACCACUUGACUUUGAGGACUUUGAUAACCUAACUGAGGAUCCCAGUCAGUCUUUAAACACUGGUUUGGAACUGCCCUCACAAGAGAAAAAGAGGGAAGACAAUGAGAAGAUGGUGAAAAAAGAGCAAUCCGGAUCUUUUCUUCGUGAGUUCAAACACCAUAAAGCAGGGCUCGAUGAUGUCUUCAAAAGCCUUGCAACCUUUCUGGGUGGACAGAGGGUUACAUGUCGAGGUGGACCAUUUGGGGGGCACCCUGCAAGCCCUUCGAAGAUGGUAAAAUUUGCUUCCUCUCUGUCGCUAGGGCCAGAAGUCUACAAUCAGGAAAGCCAGGGUUUAUCCAUCAAGCUUGAACCCAUUACAUCCCGCACCUCUGAUAAUCAUUCAGCAACACACUCUACCUCAAAUGCAGUGUGUUUGACUGACUUGAGUGAGCCUGGUACCAACAGCCUUGAGCAGAAGAGGCAGCAGGAACCCGAUACAGACUGUAAGGAGAGACUACAGGUUACAGAAGAGAGAGUUGAUCCCGUUGGUCACAGUGCAUCUCUUCUGGAUGCUUCUUUGAGUGCAGAGCUGAGAGUGACCACCACACACACACUCCUCACCACCGCCUCGAAGGAUGAGGCGGUGCUCGGCGUGCAGACAAAACACAGAGCCAAAAACAGGAAACGAAAACAAAGAGUCAAGGAUGGAGAAAGAGAAGGGGAGAUCCAGACUAAGAUAAAAAAGGAUAAAACUUGUGACACCAAUCAGAAAAAACGUGCAAAAGAAAAGGAGCAUUCGGGAAAAGGAUUUGCACAUAAAAAGCAAGUUUCAUUCUCAAAAAGUUCAAACCAGGGUACUAAAAAUAGCCACGCUCACAAGAGAUCUCAGCAAGGCAAGGGUUCAAAGAGAGACAAAUCUAACAGGAAAGUUGUAAAACAGGAGAAGAAAGAGCUUCAAUCAGCAGCCAGCUCGGUCGCAGUGCAAUCCAAACAGCGUGCCGCUGAACCUGUCCGUCUCCCUCCCCGUUUGUUCGCGUUACCUGAAGCUUUGCAACAGCGAGCCUUGUCGCUAGGCUUCACCAAGGAUCCCAGGGUCCUCUUGGUCAAGAUGAAAAUAGAUUGCGGGCGGACAUUCAAAGUGUCAGAGUUUACGGAACAAAACAUCCCCCUUUCUGAGCUCUGCAUUAAAAAUACUGGCUGGGAAGUGAUUCGAUCCUGCAAGUCUGCAAGAGUGACAGGAAAAUUUAAAGAAUCCUACCUGCUUCCGACGCUCUCUGUCAAACCCAUCAUGUCCAUCCAAACCCCAAUUCCACGGGAAAAAUUAAAUCCUCCCACUCCGAGCAUCUAUUUGGAGAGCAAGAGAGACGCCUUCUCGCCUGCUCUUUUGCAGUUCUGCACUGACUCCAAAAACGCAGUCACCGUCAUCAGAGGUCUUGCAGGCUCCCUUCGCCUUCACCUUGGCCUGUUCUCCACCAAAUCUCUGGUGGAGGCCAACUCAGACCACGCAGUGGAAGUGCGGACUCAAGUUCAACAGCCUGCAGAUGAAAACUGGAAUCUCAACGGCUCAUCACAGACUUGGCCUUGUGAAAGUAGUCGGUCACACACCACCAUCGCCAAAUACGCCCAGUACCAAGCCUCCAGCUUUCAGGAGAGCCUUCAGGAUGAAAAAGACACCGAUGAUGAUGAUGAAGAAGAAGAAGAAGAAGAAGAAGAGGAGAGGGAAGACAAAGGCAUGUCUUCAGAUUCUUCAGACACAAAUAAAGCAGCCAAAAGCAAAGGGACCACCUCAUUGGCAUCAGUGAAAGGCGACACUUCUUUGAACUUCAAAUCAUCAUCAGUUCCCACUAACAGCCCUGAGCAGAAGUCCAUUGGAAAGAUAAUCAAAUUUGGGACCAACAUUGACCUCUCAGAUCCUAAAAGAUGGAAGCCACAGCUGCAGGAGCUGCAGAAACUGCCCUCAUUCAUGCGUGUGGAGUCGAGCAACAACAUGCUCAGUCUGGUCGGUCACACGAUUCUGGGCAUGAACACUGUCCAGCUGUAUAUGAAGGUGCCCGGGAGCCGCACACCAGGUCAUCAAGAGAAUAACAAUUUCUGCUCCGUCAACAUCAACAUUGGACCUGGUGACUGUGAGUGGUUCGCCGUACACGAGAACUACUGGGCCGCCAUCAAUAGUUUCUGUGAGAAGCACGGAGUAGACUACCUCACAGGGUCCUGGUGGCCAGUGCUGGAAGACCUUUACAGCUCCAACAUCCCUGUAUAUCGCUUCAUUCAGCGGCCCGGCGACCUGGUGUGGAUCAACGCAGGGACUGUGCACUGGGUGCAGGCGGUCGGCUGGUGUAACAAUAUUGCCUGGAAUGUGGGACCACUGAACUCCUACCAAUAUCAACUGGCCCUCGAGCGCUUCGAGUGGAACGAGGUGAAGAAGGUGAAAUCAAUCGUUCCCAUGAUCCACGUCUCCUGGAAUGUUGCUCGUACCCUCAAGAUUUACGACCAGGAUGCUUUUAAUAUGAUCAAACACUGUCUGAUGCAGUCCAUCAAGCACAUCCAGAUUCUCAGAGACCAGCUGGUGGCUGCCGGGAAGAAGAUUUGCUAUCAGAGUCGAGUGAAAGACGAGCCAGCCUACUACUGCAACGAGUGCGACGUGGAGGUGUUCGACUUGCUCUUUGUGACCAGCGAGAAUGGAAGUAAGAAGUCUUAUGUGGUCCACUGUGAAGACUGCGCUCGGGCCAAGAGUCCAUCGCUGUGUGGAAUAGUGGUGCUGGAACAAUAUCGAAUAGAGGAGCUUGUGAGGACAUACGACAGCUUCGCACUGACCCCAUCACCUCCCAGCAAAUGAGGACGCCUCCACUGCACAGUCUUUCAGCCCUAAACCAAAACUAGUGGCAGCAAACAUGAUGUCUUCAAGGCCAUCUACUCCUGCAGACACGCUGAGUCAGCCAAUGACGUUUACCGGGUCUUGUUUACAUCCCACCGUGAGGUAUGGACGUUCAGCCGAUCCAGCUGCACCGCGCCGUCUUCCCCAUACCAGCUGCUGAUUGGACUCCUUUUGAAGAACUAGAAUGACUAGACUGGUACUGUCCAUGACGACAAGUAUUUCACGCGUGUACUAAGAGGUGAGCACUGAAGAUCAGGUCUAUGUUCGACGGACACUGCUGUGAUUCAAAAGCAUCAAGUAGCUGGUUUUGUGUGUUAAUUCAGGUACUUUUAUGCAAAUUUAGACACUUUUUUACACCAAUCUAGUGAUUCUAUGUCCAUGAAUUUGCUGUGACUCUAUUUUACCAGCAGGGGAAUCACUUCACGACAGAAGUAGCUGAUUGUCCGAAUAGCCGUCGUAAUAUUCACUGUUUGUUUGGUAUCCAGGUGAACUGUCUGUAAAACUCUCUGAGGUGCUUAUCUCUUUGGAUCUGUCCCCCACCCGUACUGGACACGUUUAACCAGCCUAGAAGAACACCACAUUGGCCUUGUCAGCUGUAUUUAGAGGAGAUUGUCAUUACAGUAGAAAACACACGGAAAAUACCGUUUAUCUAAGUAUAGAGGAGAAAAAAAAGAGCAAGCGUUUUUACUACUUUCUCUACAAUACGGGUUUACUGGAGGACAGAUAUGGUUUCAUUCCUAGUUGGAACUCAAAUGUGUCCGUGAGUUUUCCUCGGAUUUCUCUAUCCCUGAUCAACGGUCGUGCGUUCAGUGAGUCACCCCGACACAGACACCACGUUGUUUCUAUUUUUGGAAUAUGGAGUAGAAUCCCUCUUUUAUACCUCUUUGUUGCGAUGUUCUCAACUAUAGACAGAAAGUAAAUAAUUGUAAAUUGUGAAGGAUUUUAUAGGAUUGGUGUGCACAGAUGAGAGUGGAAGUGGGGCGUCGCUGUGGUGCUACUGGAUAGCUUCAUGUGUGUUGUUUAGAUUGUGCAAAGUCACGCGACUCUGAGCGCACAAUUGGUGUUACAGUCACCAGGUUGGAGCGUGUCAUUAUUCUUUUAAAUGCAAAGUAGGGAGACGAGAGAGAAGUUGAAUGAUGAGGCAGCACGAUAGCAUGUACCACCCCAUGUCACCAGUCCACUAAAGUACUGCACAUUUAGACCUCAAUAUCUCCACCAUCUUAUCUGAAACUGCCCAAUUCUAACUGGACCACAUUAGUGAAGGACUACUUUUUCACCAUGCAAGGGCCGUUUUAUAUUCAGAUGCAAAUACUCUAGUCAUGGAUGUAGACACCUUCUCACCGUGACCUGUCGUCCAGUUCAACCUGGAGCAGGUUCUGGUGCUCUGAUUUCACUUCUGGUGGAUGAAGGUUCAUGAAACAGUGCCACUAGAUGGCGCUAUCUGUAGUAAUAUAAGGGCCACCUACUGAACUGGACCGGGUUUCGUGGACCCAUCACUAGUUUAGAUAGAAGCAGCGUCACGUCUGUCUCACACAUCAGCAGAACAAGCUCACUGCGACUGACACACAUGAUUUCAUGGCAAUCUACAAAAAUGCAACUGACUUUAGGGCUGAAACAUACGGAGGAUUUUUUCUUUCUGAAUAUUGUUGCCAGAUAUCUGUUGCAAUAUGAUAUGACAGUGUGUUUUGUGUAAACUAAGGGCUCGCGCAGAAGUGCCAUUUACCGCUGCCAUAGCUUUACAUGCAAAACAAGCCAGGGUUUAUGCUACAUCGAGCGUCGCUCGCCGCCAAUGAGAGCCUUCUGAAUCAUGAUCUCUUUGUUCAAGAUGAACUCUCACGUGCUCAAACGUCUUAAAAUGAAGUAGAAACAUAGGAACUAGUGGAUAACACACGUGAUGGAGGUGGACAUGAUAACGGUGGUUGUUUACUGAAAAUCCCUGAAGAAGCAUCAUAACAAAAUGACAGGAAUAUGUUUGAUCCUUGUGGAACUUCAGUCACACAUGGGUGAGUACUGCUGCAUGUUGGAGAGAAACUUUAGUUUGAAUGAUUAAAAACUUUUUUUUAAACCUCCAUGGUUUAAAAAAAAUCCUGGUGGAAGCCCUGAUACAAUAUAUUGUUCACCCCCAAGCAUUUUAACUGAACUGCCAUUCACGAGAGCGUAGAUUUUUUUAAAGCCCAAAAAUGUAUAUAUUUAUGUGUAGGAUAAGAAAACUUAUCUUUGUUAUUCCCACAGGUCAGACAUUUCAUUAUAAAUGAAUUGAUAAAUAGCUGUUUUUUGUUCUGGUGUUGGCGGUUUUGCAUCAACACCCUCUCUUCACGGUGUAACUGCCCUCCAACACACGCCCUGAAGUGAAGCAGCUCCACUUCCCUCGACAGAUGGUGCACACCAGCGAUGUACAUAAUGUAUCCAUUUCAGGUUGAUACGAACUUCUGUGGUAUUGUUCUCGAUGAAUCUGUAUAUGGUCCACCUCAGUCAUUUGUUUUGUUGGUGCUUGAGCAAGACACUAAAGUAGUGUUUCAGUCCUGUUACUGCAACGGGGGGGACAUCCUCUUUCUUUUAUACCUCUUUUUUCGUUGUUCUUUUUUAGAUGAAUGAAAACUUGUGACAUUAUUUAUACUGUACAUGGUUGUUUUGUAUUUAUUGCAUCAUCAAGGUGACUCUUCACUUGACUCGGUGUUUUGAAGCUGUAGUGGGCUGGUGUGGAGAGCUGCAGUCAGGGGGUGGAUUCUUUCCCAUGGUGCUAGACCCCUGCUCGUCUCCAUGCGCCGUUGAUUCACUGUCUCACGCGGAAACAAGAAAUCUCAAUGACUUGGUGCUCAGAAACAUUUCCACCAACAACUGCUAGCAUAAAUCCAAUGAUGUCUCGGUACUGUAUGGACCAGAUCGUGGCGAGAUCUAUCUCAAAUCCUUUCAUUGUAUGAAAAUCAUAAUCUCAUGAGGCUUUAGUGGCUUAAUAAGCAGUAGCGCUAGUUGUAUUUCCCGACAGACGUUUUAGGGAUGUGAUAUUUAAUGGAGUGUGAGCUUUUUGUUCCCUUUUGUGUUGUGUCCUUUGAUCUUAUUUAAAUGCAGUAACAUUGUUUUGAUUUCACCCGUUCCUUGACCUGUAUGAUUUUUUUUUUUUUUUGCUGCACUUAACUGUUUUAAAAGAACUUGCAUAGAAGAAGACCUGAGCCAGACCUGUCUUAAAUCGCUCUGUGAUACUUUCUGUGAUAUAAUUGUAUUGUUGUUUGAGGAAAUAAAAUGUUUUGAUA